UAAGCGCAGCUCUUUUGCCGGUGAAAGAUUGGUCGGACAGCGCGGGUGCCAUUUGGCGCAGUAUAUUGAGCCACAUCCGUCGACAAAGGGCGUAAAGCUAUUUAUUUAUCGUAUUUGUGAUUUUUUCUUCAAACAUUUUUUUUCAGUUAAAACAUCCACGAUGAGCUCAAUCAACGUGAAAAAGCUGAAAGUGAACGAGCUGAAGGACGAGCUGAAGAAGCGAGAUCUGUCGGAUAAAGGGCUGAAGGCCGAGCUGAUGGACCGCCUGCAGGCCGCGCUGGACGAGGAGGCCCUCGCGGGAAACCCCCCGACGGAGCCUGACGCUGCAGCGGCGGCCGAGGGCUCCGGCCAGGCCGCCGACCAGGAGGGCAUGGGAGAGGAAGAAGAAGGCGAGGGCCCGAUAGAAGAAAGCAUGGAGGCCAACGAAGAGGAGGAAGAAGAAGCCGAAGAAGUAGCAGCGCCGGUCGUAGUAGCUGAAGAAGUAGAAGAGAAAACGGGAAAUGGGGGCGACGGGGAUGCCGUUGUUGAAGACGAAGAGAUGGGUGAGGGCGAAGAGGAGGAGGACGACGAGAUGGACCCCAUGCUCAAGGGAGAUGUCGACGACAUGGAGAAAAUAGACACGGAGGAGGAUGGUGAGCCCGCGGACCCGACUGCUGAGGGGGAUGCGGACAAAGACACGAAUGCUGAUCAGAAGAAUAAGAAGGGUGUUAAGAGACGCCGGGAGGAACAUGGAAGGGGCUACUUUGAAUUUAUUGAAGAGAACAAAUACAGCUGGGCCUCAUUUAAGUCGCCCGUGCCCCCCCUGGAGGAGGAAGAUGAAGAGUUUGACGACACAAAAGUCUCCCUGGACACCUACAACUGCGACCUGCACUUUAAGGUGUCUCGGGACCGUUAUAGUGCCUCGUCUCUCACGAUGGAGAGCUUUGCAUACCUGUGGUCCGGAGGCAAGGGAACCUACGGCGUGAACAAAGGCAAAGCCUGCUUCGAGAUGAAGAUUGCAGAGAAGAUUCCUGUGAAGCACAUUUCUAGCAAGAACAUGGAGAUUCAUGACGUGCAGGUCGGCUGGUCCCUGUCCACCGGCACCCUGCUCCUCGGUGAGGAGGAACAUUCCUAUGCAUACUCUGGGAAAGGCAAGAAGACCACCAACUGUGUGACCGAGGACUUUGGAGAGACCUACGAAGAGAAUGAUGUCAUCUGCUGUCUUAUUGACUUUGAGGGCGAGGAGCUGGCCGUGUCCUUCUCCAAGAACGGCGGGGAGCCCGCCGCCGCCUUCCAGGUCACGAAGGACUCCCUGAACAGCCAGGCCCUCUUCCCCCACGUCAUCUGCCACAACUGUGCCGUGGAGUUCAACUUUGGCCAGAUGGAGACUCCGUACUUCCCUCAGACCGAGGGCUACACCUUCCUGCAGCAGAUCCCCGUGGACGACCGAGUCCGGGGCCUCAAGGGGCCGCAGACCAAGGCCGACUGCGAGAUCAUCGUGAUGGUCGGCCUGCCGGGCUCAGGGAAGACGACAUGGGUGAAGAAUCAUGUCCAGGAGAACCCCGGGAAGUACUACAUCCUCGGCAGUGACACCAUUGUGGACAAGAUGAUGAUUAACAGCCUGAAGCGCCAGUCAAAAGACAUCACAAAACUGAGCGCCAUUUCCCAGAGAGCACCUCUUUUCCUGGGAAAGUUCAUUGAGAUCGCCGCCCGCAAGAAGAGGAACUACAUCCUGGAUCAUACCAACCUGUCGGCCCCGGGCCAGAAGAGGAAGAUGUGCCUGUUUGCGGGCUUCCAGCGCAAGGCGGUGGUGGUCUGCCCCUCGGACGAGGACUACAAGCAGAGGGUCCAGAAGAAGGUGGAGGGCGACAGCAAAGAGGUGCCCGAGCACGCCGUCUUCAAGAUGAAAGGCUUCUACUCGCUGCCCGAGGAGGGCGAGAGCUUCAGCGACGUCAUCUACGCCGAGCUGCAGAAGGAGGAGGCCGGCAAGCUGCUGGAGCAGUACAAGGAGGAGAGCAAGACGGCGCUGCCGGCGGAGAAGAAGCCCAACCAGGGCAGCACCACCCCGAAGAGAGGCGGAGGCCUGCGCGGCGGCGGCCGGGGCGGCAAGAACCAGUUCGGCCGCGGCGGCGGAGGCGGCAGUGGACCCGGACAGAGAGGGGGGGGCCGCGGGGGCUUCCAGAACCGAGGCAACUUCAGAGGAGCCCCGGGUCCUCGCGGCGGCGGCGGCUUCAACCGUCCCCCUCGCGGCUUCCUGCCCCCCCCGGCGUUCAGGGGCGGCUUCCACAGCCGGGGGAACUUCAACCGGGGCGGCGGCCCCCUCCCGAGCCUGGGCGGGUCCCUCAGGGGCGGCCCGAUGAGGGGCAACAUGGGGCCCAGAGGGGGUCACAUGAACAGAGGCGGCCCCAUGAACAGAGGCAACAUGAGCAGAGGAGGAGGAGGCGGAGGAGGAGGAGGUGGUGGAGGAGGAGGAGGAGUCAACAUGCAUCGCGGUGGAUCCAGGGGACAUCACAACCAGUUCCAGCAGCAGAGAGGUGGUAACCGUGGCAACUUCGGAAACUUCGGAAACAAGAAUGGCAACUAUGGCAACAGGAACAGCGGCAACGGAGGAAACGGCGGUAACUUUGGCAACAGGAACGGGAUGGACAAAGCCCAGGCCUUCAACCAGAGCUGGCAGCAAGGGUUCUGGAACCAGAAGCCGUGGAGCCAGCAGUACCAGCCUGGAUAUUACUAAGACUCUUGUUGGACUGGCGGCCGACACUCGAGACCGCCGCUCGCCACGGAUCAUCCCUCCGCCCCGCGUUUCAUUUUACUUUCUCUAGAACCCACUUUUAGUAUCUCAGACCCACCGACUGACAAUGAAGACGCCACAUGGAGCCACGGGGUCCACAUCGGGGGGGAGGGGCUCAUACUUCCACCCGCACACAGGUUGCUACGCGGGUUCAGUCUCACGCAAUCAUCCCUUUUUAUUUCUUUCGUUGUAUAUUUCAUUAUGCUUUUUUUUUUUCUCCACCACUUUUAAAUGACGUGCUUUUAAAGAGGAAAAUAGAUCUCAUGUUAUCAGGAACCAGAAACCUUUUAUGCCAGCUCCAGAGAGGAGGGGGGGGGGGGGCAGAUGUGGACAGAUUUUUUUUUUUUUUUUUUUUUUCCUGGGCUGCAUUUUAUCUGUGCUGUGAUUUCUUUUAUUUAGCUUCUUUUUUUUUUUACUAAUUGUAAAUAUUAGUAUUUUUGUGUAGUCUGGAGUUCAAAGAGGUGAUGGUUGACGGGUCAUGUCAGUGAGACGCAUGGUCGCUGAUUCUCCUGUUGGCUGUACAUGUCGAGAGUCUUUUGUUCCCUGUAACCCAAACUAGACUACAAUAAACUACUCGUUGGCUUUUUACAUUCUUGACUUGUGAUUCAGCUCAAAGGUGUGUAAAAGACCUUUGAUUGGCCAAUGUCCUCGUUUGCUACUUCAAACCGUGAGGACACGCCCCCUUUAUGUGCUCCCUCCAGGUGUCCUCGACCCUCCUCUAAUCUCUGAGGAAGUAUUGACCCGGCCAUUUUAGACGUACGGAAGCCAUUUUUAGUAUUUAUUCCCAAAAAGAAACGAGGCACCUUACUCCACUUUGAUUCUCAGACGGCGCCGAUCAUUCCAGAACCUCAUCCCAGAACCACGAUCGACUCUUUAACGGCUCGUCUUUCCCGUGUACCGCCGUUUCUGACCCCGAUGCUAGUUCAGCUUAGCGGAGAUAUGGAAAAGCAGGCGGGGUUCCUCGUCUUCACCAGCACAACCUGAAGGGCUUCACGGCCCGCAGCUGAUCUGGGACCUGUUGGCGCGACGCAGAGGGACUGGUCGAGUGGGAGGCGGCCCGACAGCCCAUAAUAUACCCCGGCAGAGGACACCCUGCUUGUGUUCCAACACAGCUGGACACGCCGGUUCAGUCGAUUAAAAACCCAGAGGUGUUUUUUUUCCCUGUAACAUUUAAUAAACCUGUAAAUACGUCGCCACUAUUCCCCCAUGCACGAAUGUUCAUCAAUUGGCUCGGAGUAAUAACUGUAUUGUGAUUAAGAAAGUUAGUUCGCCCCAGUACUGCUGUGAUAAACUGUCGACUAUAUUUAAUGUGUGGAGUGUUCCGGGCCCUCCUCUUCUCGUUCUCAUGCAUCCAGCAGAACGCAGCUUUGAGUUUACCGUAUAACCUAUAACACACAGACUCUAUAUUUUUACCGCUUUAUGUUGCAGGUUGUAUAUCAGGUCUUUUAUUAUUAAACCCAACAAUGCAAAAAGCUCCCGAGACUUUUCCAGAUUUGUUUUUUCUAUCUUACGGUUUUUGAUAUUUGUGUUUUUAAAAACUUGGACUGUACUCUUUUCUUUUUUUAAAUGUGUCUUAACUCUUAUUAAAGUUAAAGAAGCUGGUA